AUGUCUGGGAACUUGACCGACCAGCUGGACCGUGAUCUGGCGAGAAAUCUCAUCAGCAGCUGCAAUGGCAUGAAAAAGAUACUAAGGGUUUACAGUAACUACGUAUCUAUUGAUGAGGCCAUUGCUCUGGCAGAGGAGGCUCUGGAACUCCAUCCAGAGAAGCGCUAUCUGAAGAGAUGUGCUGCACUCUGUCUGAAAUGGAAGAUCCUUUUUUUCAGGGACAGUCACACAAAGCAAAGCAUGAUAGACAGAGCAGUCAGUCUCCAUGAGGAGGUGAUUUCUCUCUACCCUUAUUUUUCACUUGUGGAGAAAAUAGACCUUGCAAAUAUACACGCAAAGUCAAAUAAUGGCAUGGAUAAAGCUGACCAGAUGUACCAGGACCUGCUAAUAUUGGAUCUGGAACCGGUAGAGAAACAGCUCCUCUACUACAAAUACGCAACAUAUUUACACUUCGAUCGAAAAGAUUACGACCAGUCAGUACGGUACCACAUGAAGGUGGCAGAGAUACCGGUACAAUCCAUCUAUCGUGAGAACAGCAUCAAAGUUCUGGAGAAGUUCAAAAAUAAAAGCCGGAACCGAAAGGGUAGAGAAAUAGAGAAGUUUCUGGAAAACUUGCAAGAGCCAUAGUGUUUUUUUAUUUUUACAACACUGAUCCUAGUUCUGGAAACAAAAGGUAUUGUUAAAGAAAAAUCUGAAAAUACUUAUACAUUGAUUAGUUGUGUCCUUUAGUGGCAGAAGUUUUUACAGGUUUUUAGUUAAUGGGGGGGAAAAGGCUUUAAAAAACUAUAUAUAAAAAAAUAUUGUCAUUUGUAUCACAGGCUGAUCAUUCAAUAUACCACGGGUCUUUUAAAUAACAUCCACUGUGACAUGUUUAAAGUCAUUAUCAUAAUUAUAUAUUACUUGGUUUAUUGCAAUAGAUCUUGAUCAUAUGUCGUGUUUGUUAUAUUCCUGUUAUGUGUUGUUUCCUCUCUUAGCACUGAAUGUCACGUAAGAGCAUUUAUACUUCUACAGAACAUGAAAUCUGCUUUGCUGUAUGUAAAAUAUUGUAGUAAAUUAGUCAAUUUGAUGCACGCUGUAAACUGAAUAUUAGAGCCAGAUGAGUGUAUGGAUUAAAAGUAUGUCAAGCUGUGUCUCAGUUGUACACAGUUGCCUACCAAUACUAUUAAAUAUAAAAUGUGUACACAAGGAAA